AUGUCUUACGCUACUCCAACUGAGACUCUCACCACUCCAUUGACCAAGAUACUCGGUAUCCGUCACCCAAUUAUCUUGGCUGGAAUGAACCAAGCUGCCGGUGCUGAAUUAGCCAGUGCAGUCUCCAACGCUGGAGGUUUGGGUGUUGUCGGUGGUUUAUCCUUCACCCCAGAAACCUUGAAGAAGGAAAUUGAAAAGCUCAAGGCUGCUUUGAUCGACAAGAACCUACCAUUCGGUAUUGACUUGGCUCUUCCUCAAGUCGGAGGCAAUGCACGAAAGACCAACCACGAUUACACCCACGGUAAAUUGCCUGAAUUGAUCGACGUCAUUAUCAACGGUGGUGCCAAGUUGUUCGUAUCAGCUGUCGGUGUCCCACCCAAAUGGGCUGUUGACAAGCUCCACGCUGCUGGAAUCCACGUCAUGAACAUGGUCGGUGCUCCAAAACACGCCCUCAAAGCCUUGGAAGUCGGUGUCGAUCUCAUCUGUUGUCAAGGAUCCGAAGGUGGAGGACACACUGGAGAAAUCGCAACCUCCAUCCUUGUACCAAAGGUCGUAGAUGUCGUCAAAGGCAGAAAAUCACCUCUCACUGGCAACCCAAUAUACGUCGUUGCUGGUGGUGGAAUCUACGAUGGUCGUGGUUUGGCCAUGGCCUUAUCCAUGGGUGCUCAAGCUGUCUGGGUUGGUACUCGUUUCGUUAACUCCAAGGAAGCCGGUGCACCUCCUCGUCACCAACAGGCUAUCAUCAAGGCUGGUGCCUCUGACACCAUCCGUACUUUGAUUGUAUCUGGACGUCCUCUCCGUGUCUACAAGAGUGCCUACGUCAUGGACUGGGAAAACAACCGUGCCGACGAAAUCAAAAAGCUAACAUCCGAAGGUAUCCUACCUCUCUACCACGACAUUCAAGAGAAGGAAAAGAAGGGAGACUUGGACCCCGAAGAAAUGAUGGAAAUGUACCCAUUAUUGAUGGGACAAGUCGCUGGUAACAUUGAUGACGUACUCCCAGCUGCCGACAUUGUAAACGAGAUGGUUAACACUGCCGUCAAGACCAUCCGUGGUCUUGCUUCUCAAGUUGCCGCUGUUUCCUCUGUCUCUGCCCGUUUGUAA